UUCUUACAAUAUGAAACCCCUUUGGCUCUUUGAUUCUUUUGACUAGGAAGUAGAUGCAUUGAUCUGAACCAAUCUUUAUGCAUUAUUUGGCAAAUAGGAUUAAAUACACCAUUCACACUUCUCAUUGGUGAGAAUAAUCAUUCAUUGGGAUAAAGCCCCUAGAAUUAAUAAGUUUGAUUUGCAAUUGAAAAUAUGUGGAAUGAGCAAUGAGAGUGAAUUUGAGGGCUGUUCCAACUUCGAAUGCUAAUUUUUGUAGACAUGAACUUCAACAAGCAUAAUAUAUUCGGAAGAGUAGGAUUUGAUACAACUUCAAGUCGUGAUGCGAGUCUCCCGUACAAGAGAUCAAAUUAUGAAGGUUUCAAAACUAAGCCGAGGCUGUCUGUUCCUCCGGUAUUAACAAAAGAUGGACUUCAUAAUAACCAUAACCAGAACAAUCCCAGUAACUUUACAGGAAAACUCUGGCACAAAAACACAAGCGCCAAGAUCCACCACCCUAAAACUCUUGAUAAAGGCAUAAACACCCAACAAGUUCUCUCCAAGCUUCCAGACUCCACCUAAGAAGUCGUCCAAGGCUUCUCCGAUCUUGCAGAACAUCAGCGGCAUGUACAAGAACUCAACCUUGAGCUCAGUCGGUAACCAACACAAGUUUUUGAACAAAAACCUGACCAGUCUGCCCCUCGGAACCAUUGCAGGCAAACAGAUCUACAAGUGUUCUGACUGUUCGAAGAGUCCUGUCGGAGUGGUCAGAGCCUAUGCCAUCAACAGCAACCAAGGCUCUGUCAGGCCGUACAACGAAGACAGAGUUGUUGCAUACAACACAACCAUAAAGUCGCAGACUGGUGGCGAUGUGCAGUUCACAUUCAUCGCAGUGUAUGAUGGCCACGGAGGCCAGUCAUGUGCGAACUACCUGUCUAAAGAGCUGCACUUCUUGCUUGCUGACGACUCAACGCUGUUGUCGAACCCACUGGCUGCUCUCAAAUAAACACAUUCUGGCGAUUGACCAGGAGUUCUUGAAGUUCUACCAUGAGAACCCGACCAACACCGAGUACCAGAGAGCAGGGUCUUGUUUGAACGUGGUCAUGAUUCUGGAUGACACCUGAUACGUGGCUAACGUUGGAGACUGCAGAAGCAUAAUGUCAGCAAGCGGAGGAAGUGAGGUUUACCAACUUUCGAGGGACCACAAGCCAUCAGACCCGAAUGAGAGAGACAGAGUGAUCGAUUCAGGAGGCCAGAUCUAUGUGUCCGCAAUCAAGCAGAUGACUAGCUCUGCUGGAGUCUCUAUUCAAAGAACAGAUAAACUAAUCUCAAAGUCCGAUAGUCUGCAAUGUUCUACAGAAAACGCUCUUAAUGUUAUUGAGAAUGGUGGGGAAGCUUAUGGCCCUUACAGAGUAUUGCCAGGUAGACUGUCUGUAUCUCGAGCAAUCGGAGAUGCUCAUGCCAAACUGAAGCAACUAGGUGGAAAUUCUUCAGUAGUGAUUCCUCAACCGGACAUUAAAAGAUUCAAAAUUCAAGGAAACUAUGAUUUUAUUAUAACUGGUAGCGAUGGGCUCUUUGAUAAGCAAUCUAAUAGCGAUUUGGUCAAAUUAGUUUACAGAACUUCUUUAGAUAUAUAUUCGAAUAAGACUACAGAUAUCAAUGCUAUCGCUAGCAGCUGUGCAGAUGAAUGAGUAAAAGAAGCUAUUAGGAUCAAAUCUCUUGAUAAUAUUUCUUGAAAUGUUAUAUUCUUCGACAAUUUUAUCAAUUUCUUAGAAGGAAACCCAAUUAUAAGCGGAUCAAGUCAAGGUGCAUUCUCAGGUCAUUCCAAUUAUGACCUAAAAACAUCAGAUCUUGACAAGACUCAUUCUCCAAAAGCCAUUGAAUACAUGCUAGAAAGUUUAAAAUAAGCAGAAAAUCCUAGAAGAAGGAGAGAAGACAUUGUCAACUCUGUCAUUCAAACCCCUAAGCCACCCUCCACCUUCAUCAUCCAUUUCUAUUUUGCCAGUCAAGUCCAUCAGUAACCAGCCAUAUCUUGACCACAUCCAGGCGAAGAGCUCUGCCAAAGGACUUAAGGCGAUAUCUAAUGACAGGAAUAAAUUUAGAGCUCUCAAGACAAUAGAGGAAAGUCAAGAUGAUACUGAAGGUACUAAAUCAAGAAGACAUACCCAGCCAAGGAAUCUCCAAAGGCACUAUGGACUCUCAGAAGAUCGUGGCAAGAACCUGAACAUUGGAACUUUCUCUCUGAGAAAGAAAAAUGAGAAGACAAUGAAAUAACAUUAACAACAGGAAUACACGGAUAAAUCAUAUAGAGCCUGGAAUGUAUAAAAGCAAGGCUCCUUACAGUACAGUUGCGAAGAAUGAGAAGACUUUUAACUUACAAUCAGCGAAAAGGAAUACACCUGGAUUUUCUACUGGUCCAUCGAUCCUUGCUUCAAUUCCUUCAGCGAACAAGAACAUGCAGCUGCAAGGGUUCACCAUUAAGCCUGAUACGAAGUACACUUCCUUGGCUGAGGUUCAUCAGAGGGGGAUCAGGAGCAAUUUCAAGAAUUUUUCUUAACAGAGAGUAGUCAAUAUA